UUAAAUACUUCGAAAAUCUUAUACUGUUUGACAUUUGUGUACAAUUGGUUUGUACGAAACGUAUAAUACAUUAACAUGAAAAUAUCUGCCUAUGACAUUUCCUUGAGUUGAACAGAAUACUCCGGUAAUACUGGAUUUUAAAAAUUUGUGGAAGAUAUUUGAUAUUAAAUCAUGGAGAUGUGGAUAAGAGAAAAGAUAUUCAAUUUUGCUAACAUAAUAAUGAGAGUACCACCUAUCUUUGUCAUUGAUGAAUUACUCAGAAUUGGUUUUGGAUUAGCAGAGGAAUCUGUAGUCUAUAAUAAUACUGAGUUAGGUUUCAAAAUGGUUGAAACCAAUAGUGCCCUAGAUUCAAUAGUAUCCAUGACUAUAAAUUUAGACUUUAGUGCUCACAGUUGGACUGGUAUGCAGAGUAUAUUAUCACCGUACUUGGUUUAUUUAUACCAAACUUAUCUGAUGACUGCAUUGAAAUUCUUAGCUUGUUGUUUGGGUUGUAUAGCUGCUAUAUGUACUUUUAUGCUGUGGACAAAACAUCUUAUAAUUGUUUACCUUUAUCUUAUAUCUGUGGGAAUUGUAUAUGUAUCUUAUUGGUCAAACACAAGAAUUACUGAUACUAUUACAAUGUAUCUGAACUCUAAGGAAAAUGGAAGUACUGUAUUAAAUGAACUCUUCAAACUUCAAUUUACAAAGUUAUUGUCAAACUGGCCAGACUUAGUAAUCAUACAAAAUCGUGGUUUACAAUAUGUUCUUGCUCAAUUAUUUUGUUACAUCCGUUUUGGACAGCAAUAUACAAUGCUUCAAUUUAUAGUUACAUUGGGCUUUAUAUUUUCAGAAUCAUCUUUUCGUUUCAUACCUUUGGGUAUUUGUGCUUUCCAACUUUUUUACAAUCGCCAUAAUAUAUGGAAAACGGUAUACAGCGGUUAUCAAUUUGGGCAAAUCUUUAUUUCGAAUUACGGUUUAUCAGCAUUUGCUGAAAUGCAAUGGACGCGUCUUCGGGUGCCUUCUGUCUUACGAACAUUUUGGAUUCUUCGUGUAACAGAACAAGUGAUCCAAAUUAUGAACAGUAAUAAUGAUGAGGAACAUUUAAAUUACUAUGUUAUAAUAAAAACUUUGAUGAUAAAUGGUUGUGAGACAUUAACAGCUGUAUUAGGCAUGACAAGUAUUAUUUCAUUCAUAUGCCACUACAUAGGUAGUUUUUUUCAGUGGAUCUUGCUACUUGACAACGAGGAUGAAAAAAAUAUUGGAACCGUAUCAGCAAUGUUAUUCUAUAUACUAGCUUUGCAGACAGGUUUAACGUCACUUAAUAAAGAAAUUAGAUUAUUAAGAUUGUGCCGGAAUUUAUGUCUCUUAUUCACUGCUGUUUUGCAUUUUAUUCAUAAUAUUGUCAAUCCUCGCUUAAUGUCACUGAGUGCUUCGCAUAAUCCUGCGUUUCACAAGCACGUAAGAGCAUUAAUUGUAUGUGUUUUCCUCAUUGUCUUCCCAGUCUGGUUGCUUACGUUUUUAUGGUCACAUUAUACAAUUAGUACGUGGCUUCUAGCUGUAACUGUUUUCAGCAUAGAAGUUGUGAUUAAAGUCCUAGUUUCAUUGGCGAUUUAUUCUCUUUUCCUUUAUGAUGCCUACUGUAAAAACUUUUGGGAUGAACUGGACGAUUGGGUUUACAUUAUCAGAUCCUUUGGAAACACAAUCGAGUUUGGAUUUAGUGUUAUUCUUUUCUUUAAUGGCUUUUGGAUUUUAGUCUUUGAGGCUGGUGGUACCAUUCGUGCCCUUAUGAUGUGUGUUCAUGCUUACUUUAAUUUAUGGUGUGAAGCAAAAGCUGGCUGGAGUGUAUUUAUAAAGCGCCGCCAUGCAAUAAACAAAAUCAACUCAUUACCGGAAGCAAACAAGGUACAACUGCGUGAGCACGCGGAUGUUUGUGCCAUUUGCUAUCAAGAGAUGGAAUCUGCCAAAAUCACAAAAUGCAAUCAUUUCUUCCACGGAAUCUGUCUACGUAAAUGGCUUUAUAUGCAAGACAGAUGUCCCCUAUGUCACGCCAUUAUGUAUAAAAUCGACCAGAAAAACACUGAAAAUUCAUACGAUGAUUAACUUGAUGAACAAGAUAGUUAAGCAAUGAUGUGAAUUUCCACGAUAUUUUCAAAAUUGACGGCUUAACA